UUCGUCUGAUUCUACGACUGUUGUGCGUCAAUUAAUCAGUUCUCAGGUUUGUGUGCGCGCAACCAGCUUUGAAUCCGGACACGUCGCACCCCUUUAUCAUGCGAUCGUUCGAAGGUUAUUCGCCUCUGGAUGAUCUCACCAUUUGGCAAGCUGCUCGAGCAACUAGCGCCGCUCCGACCUUCUUCAAGCAGCUUGUGAUCGGGAACCACCAGUUCAUCGAUGGCGGUCUGGGCUCCAAUAACCCUUGCAGGGUGCUCCUGAAAGAAUGCCAACAGAUCUAUAGAAAGAAACCUGGUUGCACAGUCAGCUGUAUCAUCAGCAUAGGUUCCGGGAUGCCGAAAAAUAUUGGUAUCUCAGAGCUGAAUGGCAUUGGGUUUAGUUGGUUACGCGAUGUGGUCAAGACACUAUCUGGCAUGGCGACCGACUGCGAAGCGAUUAAUGAAGAAGUGGCUGCGUGGUUCAAAGCCACUCCUAAUGUGUACUUUCGCUUCAACGUCGAGCAAGGACUCCAAGACGUGGAGAUGGAUAGGCAUGAGAAGCUGAAUGUUAUAAUCGCCAAGACUGAAGGAUAUCUCGACAAAGAUUCUCAGCAGGAGAAAUUGAAACAAGCCGCCAAAGUUCUUGCUAUCGAAGAUCGAGGACUCUGUUUGAUAACCGAUUUAGGUAAUGUUGAUAGACAAACAUAUUAGUUCCUCCUCUGACUGAUAUCCCUGCGAAGUUCCUAUCCUCAACAAUGCAGCACACUCCACAAUUUUUCCCAACUUUCGUGAGCUCUCGCAAUCACCUCCCCUCACAAAACAGUUCUUCGGACGAAGAGAUGUUCUUGAGAACCUCCGUACGGCACUAUCGGCGCAGAAGGAG